CUCAGAAGCGGCUCCGUCGGCAGCGGAGCGGCGCCUAGCAACGGCAGCAGGCCGGCGCGGAUGUGCAGGCCACGUCCGUCCGCCUGAGGCGACGUGAGGAGGCCGCCAUGGGCUGCCGGUGACGGGCCUCUCCGCCUCCUUCUCCGGCCAUGGCGCCCAUGGGCAUCCGGCUGUCCCCUCUGGGGAUGGCCGUCGUGGGCCUGCUGGGCCUGGGCGUCCUCUACCACCUCUACUCGGGGAUCCUGGCCGGCCGCUUCGCCUUCUUCAUGCUGGGCGGCGGAGGGGGAGAAGGGGAGUCGGCGGCGGCGGCGGGGGGCUCCGAGGCGGCGGGCGGGCCUCCGGCCUCGGGCACCGUGGACCUGCGGGAGCUGCUGGCGGCCUCGGUGGCGGCGGCGGCCCGAGGCGGCGCCGAGGUGAGGCGGGUCCGCGACAGCAACGUCCUCAACGAGAAGGCCAAGGGCAAGACCCGCGAAGGGGCCGACGAGAAGAUGACCAGCGGGGACGUCCUCUCCAACAGGAAGAUGUACUACCUGCUCAAGGCCGCCUUCCCCGGGGUGCAGAUAAACACAGAGGAACAUGUAGAUGCAGAUGACCAGGAGAUAAUUUCUUGGGACCGAACUAUUCCUGAAGCUAUAAAGAACCAAAUUCAGCCCAAAUUGGUCCAAGCAGACAGUGUUACUGUGUGGAUUGAUCCGUUGGAUGCAACUCAGGAAUAUACAGAGAAUCUUCGACAGUAUGUUACUACUAUGGUCUGUGCAGCUGUAAAUGGCAAGCCAGUAAUAGGAGUAAUACACAAGCCAUUUUCUGGAUACACAGCCUGGGCGAUGGUUGGCGGAGGAUCAAAUAUUAAGCCUCGUUCUUCCUACAAUGAGCAGACACCAACGAUCAUUGUCUCCCGUUCCCAUGAAGGGAAAGUCAGGCAGCUUGCUUGGCAGACCUUUGGAAAUAAAACUGCCAUCAUUAAAGCUGGAGGAGCAGGAUACAAAGUUCUCUCGCUCCUGGAUGUGCCUGAGAAGGAUCAGGAAAAAGCCGAUGUGUACAUUCAUGUGACGUACAUCAAAAAGUGGGACAUCUGCGCUGGCAAUGCAGUGCUGAAGGCAUUAGGAGGUCAAAUGACUACACUGGCCGGGGAGGAAAUCAGUUACACGGGUUCAGAUGGCAACGAAGGCGGGCUCAUAGCUAGUAUCAAUAUAGACCACAGAGCACUGGUUGAAAAACUCCCUGUUUUAGACAAGGCGUCUCAGAAUUAAAUUCUGAAGAGUGACCAAGUCAAGUCGUGCUUCUGGAGCCUGCAAAUGGUCCUUUAGAGGUGGGGAAAACGUGCGUCUGGCCUUUGGAAGAUGGCAGAGGAAUAUUCUUUUGGAAAACUGCACAGACCCUGGCCUCCUCCUAGACCCUGGCAGCGUUCAGAAGCAAGGUUACUGGGACUCGGUGUCCUUACGCCUCCACAUCAACCUUUUAAUUUCUGAGACUGUUUCGUGACCAUAACACAAGGCCAGAUAAUGCUUGGAAGAACACAAGCAUGUUACAGAUCUGGGUCUGGAAAACACUCACAUUCUGUUAUAGUAUUCUUUGUAUUGUGUGACAAAAGAAAAGAUUGGCUGUGGCUCACCUGAAAUCAGUGGAUAGGUAUUCUUCAUCCCUUUGGGAUACAAAGGUCCAAGAAGGCCAGAUCAUCUUCCUCGGACAAUUGUCUAAUCUUGGGUGCAAUUUGAAAUGGAAAAGGCAAUGUUUGGGUCUAUUUUUAAUGCCUACCUGAAAAUUCAAACCAGCUUAAUGUGGAUGAGAGUGUUAAUAUUUGUGUGGUUUUAUUAUAAUCUUUAAUUAUAACAUUUUCUGUGUGUCAUGUUAAAAGAAAAGAUUUCCCCUUGUACAGUUUCAGCUAUUGAAUAUUGCCAUUCUAAGCUGUUGAAUUUCUUAAAACUCUUUAACAUCCCGUGUUCGAGCUGAUAAAGAAGUCAUUUAUCUUUGAUGAUCAUUUAAUAAGCUACUUGAUAAGAGAGCGAGUGAUAUUAUGAAUUAUGAUUAUGAAUUAUGUGCAGCUGUCUUUACAGGGAAUCUAAAAGUGUCUUCCUGGCUGCCAUAACUGUUACACUGUGUGGACAUUUCCUUUGAAAGGCUGGCCGCAGUUUUUGAUUUGUCAGUUCAAAACUCUCACCCUGUUGUGAUGCUUGGCAUUCAGUCUUCGCAGGAGAGUUGUAGGAAUUUGCCACGGAUUCAGAGGAACAUGUAUUUGACAACUUGUUUUCCUCCCUUCAGACCUGCCCACCUCUU